AUGGAGACCAUCCGCGGUCUCCUCUGGAAGCCGACCCCGGAGGAGCAGAGGCGCAAAUGCAAUGCGCUCGUCCGGCAAAAUGUGCGCAAACUCGAUCGAGACAUCAUGCAGCUCAAGCAAACCGAGGCAAAGACGAAGAAUUUCAUCCUCCAGUCCUCGAAGCGCGCCCAAAAGAACCCGUCUAUGGCUAAGCAGGCGAAUCAAGACGUCCGAACCUUUGCACGCGAACUUGUGCGCGUACGGAAGCAAAGCAGCCGACUACAAACCAGCAAAGCGCAGCUUAACUCGGUGCAAAUGCAGGUCAACGAGGCCUUUUCCGUGCGCAAGAUUGAGGGUAGCAUACGCGCCUCGACGGGCAUAAUGAAGGAUGUGAAUACGCUUGUGCGGUUACCGGAACUGACGGGGACCAUGCGGGAGCUCUCAUCUGAGCUCAUGAAGGCUGGCAUCGUCGAGGAGAUGGUGGGAGACACUCUCGACGAUACCGCGUUGAUGGAGGACGAAGAUGAAGAGGCCGAGGGUGAGGUGGACAAGAUUCUUUCGGAAAUAUUGAAGGACAGGCUACCGCCAAGCAAGGCCACCGAACAAGCGCUCCCUGCUGCGCCGGUCGCGGCAGAGGAGGAAGAGGAGGACAACGAGGAGAUGCUGAGACAAAUGAGGAAUCGUCUACAAGCUUUGCAGAGCUAG